UUUGAUAGCGAAAGGUUUCUGAUAGUCCACAUGCCACCUUUGUCACAUAUGUGCUUACGUGGAAGUGGCGGUAUAGGUCAAGUUUGUAUGUGUUUUAUGGUGAUUUGAAAGUGAUCUCCAAUACGUGAUUUAGUUAUCUUUUGAUGGCAGUGUUUACGUGUCGCGUGGUGCCAACAUCACUACAAACAUGAGUAGUGCACCACGUAAAGUGAAAAAUCCGUUGUUGUCAGCGGCUGGCGAUGGUUUUCCUUUUGAAAAUUAUGCUGAAAAUGCAUUGUUGGUGCCCGUUACACCUACUACACCUGCAGUACUCCGCGAUGAUGCUGAAGUGGACAACUUCGUGGGAAAGGAAUCAGCAAAUUCUCAAAAUUCACCUAAACUGGUGACUCCAACCAGUACAGAUACCGAAUUCACACCUAUACCUUUACGUUCCGAAAACGCGAAAAGUACAGAAAAUCAGCCCGCGAAGCAAGGCUACUUCACUUCGAUUCUUUCGUCUCUCCCAAAUUUGUCCUUAUCGUCGAUUAAGGGCGAUUCCUCGGGAACACAAACAAACCAAGGAUUUGAACACGUAGCCGGUGUACAGAAUACGAAUCCUUAUGUGCCUUCGUACGAUAGUCGUGAUACUUUGAAACAUACACCGUCGCCUGUAAUCCCUAAUUUCCACGAUCCUCGACGCACGAAUUUUGCGGGAUCUGGCGAGGUUCUGGCCGGAAACACUGCGAAUUUAUCAACUCCACCGCAACCAACCUUGCCGCCUACAAUUCCUUCCUCGACCGAUGGACCCAUUUCGUAUCGACUUGGCAACCAAAGACGUCUUAAAUACGCACCGCCGCCCGAUUUGACAACGAGCACAUCCAAACAAUAUUCAGCUUCGCCUGUUCCAUCAUUAUUUACUCCGCCGAGUGUUGUGACGUCGACUAUUUUUAAUCCAAACGUACCAGUUGUCUCGGCUCCAAGUCACCAGCUGAUCGACAAUCCGAUUUCCACUAAUCCAUCGUCGUUGCAACACUCAACGCCGGAGCAAUUGUCCCAAGACAAUUCUUUGCAAGUGUCAGUCAGAUCUAGUCCGAUAGCGACAGGAGUUCCUUGUAGCUCAACUGGUACCCCGCGAAGCGUGACGCCUCAAAGUCAGACCUCUGGUUUCGAGAGCGUUCCUCUGUCUGGAAAAUCAGGACUCUUUGUGUCAACUUCUCGACCCAUUCCUUCCAAAGUUCUGGAACCUGCGACCCCUCAAAACACACCAGCCAAUGUCUCAUUCUCUGGCUUUGAUCUGUAUGCGAAUUAUCCAGACCACUUAACGACGCUUAAUUCAGGAAAGGGAGCUGCCGCAACAGGAAACCGAGUUGCCACCUCCUCGAACCAAGCGGUCUCGCACAUUUUACAAGAAAAUAUAGUCGCACCUUCCGUGGAAGUUAAAGCUAAUUCGACGUUUGCUCCAAUUUCUGCGGUUCAAGUUACGGAAAAAUUGGAACACCUGCUCGCUGAACAGAAAGAGGAUUCCACGAAUUUACCUGCUGGGAUAACAACCAAACCUGACGAGAGCACAACAGAGGCUCAAGUUGUCGAAACUCCUAAGGAUACAAAGUCAAACGACACCGAAGGCAAGAGCGAAUUAGUUAAAUCUGACUCAGUAACCGAUACGAUUACUAGACAAGUUUCCGAACCGUUGCACCCACCGAUAGUUCGUCAGGGACCGUAUACAGCGAAUGAAAGUAUUGAUACAUCGCAAAGUCAUGGUGUGUCGUCGUAUAUACCAUCCUUCCAACAAUAUUUUCAGGCACAACCUUCUGCGUCAGGUACCGAUUUCUUCGCGGAGAAACCACCGACACAGCAGAAGCCGAGUCUGAGUUAUACCACGGCUGAAGUUUCAGUCCCGACUACAUUUUCUGAUCCUUUGAAGGCAUUCGCACAGCCUGCUAGUUCGUUUUUCGAUUUGUCGGGAAUUAACAGCCCACUCUCUCCACCUCAGCACAAAGAAAACAUUGCGAAUGCGCAUGCCGAUUUAGCAACAGCUCCUUCGAUAAAAAAUUCGCAACAGUCACCGUCGGGCACUUCGUUGCUUUCUAAUCUCAGUAGUGCUUUUGUACCUGUAUCUCAGGCAUCGUGGGAUAUCAAUAAAACCCCUCAAGCAGAGACUGCAAAUGCAACAUGUAGUGCGACGAUUCAGGCAGUACCUCCUAUGCUUUACAACCCAGCACAAUUUCAAAACGAUUUCUACAAGCCAUCGUCAGUAAGGCAUCCGUACAUUUCCCCUUUCGCACAACCAGCAGCGAGCCAAGCUCAACAAUACUUUGAGAAUUUACCUGGAUCGGUACAAGUGCACGACACAGCCGGUGGAAACAGUAAUAUAUUCCUGCCCACAUCACCCGCGACUACGAUCGUACCUGAACCGACGGGUUCGGCUACUCUAAGUCCAGUGCAAAUGUCAAUUAAUCCGUUAUCUGGGCGACCAAGCUUAGAUACCGUGCCUCGCAGUUUUCAAAAUUUGGCCACUGGUACCACAGAUAAACGCAUGCCGUACAGAGCAGUGUACCAUCAUUGGUUUUAUCGGAAGGAGGUGGAAAAUAAGGUGCUAUGGCUUCCAUUUUCCAUGCAAGAUAGUUUACAGUUAGAAGAGGUGCAUAAUUCCUCCGAGAUUACCCCUGAAACUACAGUCGCCACGGAUGGUGGUCGUUACGAUGUAGACAUUUUACGACGUCAGAGAUCCCCCGUUUAUUGGAGCGGAACACCAACAGAAGUUAGACGAUGCUCUUGGUUCUUUAAAGGACCUACUGAAUCGAAAUACAUCCCUUACGAUGAAAGCACUGCCGCGAAACUCGAGGAAGAGUAUAAACAAGCUUGUGUCGCGAAUAGCUGGAACCGAAGGAUUGAUCUGAACAAUGGAGAAUACAUUAUUUUCCAUAGCGCCACCGUCCAAAUUCACUACCUGAUUCCCAGUUCCCCAGAAUUGACAGCGUCAUGGGGCAAUACUGCGGGUUCAGAGGACAGUGCAUAUUUACAGGGUGCUGGUAGUAGGCCACGAGUGCUAAAAAGGGGUGUCGACGAAUUUCACAUUGAAGAUGGCGAACCUGAGAAAGUGGAUCAUCUUAUGUUUCUCGUCCAUGGUAUAGGAAGCGUCUGCGACUUGAAAUUUCGAACCGUGGAGGAAGUUGUUGACGAGUUUCGAAGUAUAUCACUGCAAUUGGUUCAAUCGCAUUAUCGAACUGCCAGCGAACAGAGAAUUGUGAACAGGAUAGAAGUUCUACCAAUUUCUUGGCACACGACCCUUCAUUCCGAGGAUACUGGAAUCGACAAGAAAUUAAAAGCCAUCACGUUAGAGAGUAUACCCAAGUUACGGCAUUUCACCAACGACACAUUGCUCGACAUACUUUUCUACACUAGUCCUGUGUACUGCCAAACCAUAAUGCAAACAGUUGGAAGUGAGGUGAACAGGCUCUAUGCUCUUUUCAAAGAAAGAAACCCGAGUUUUGAUGGAGGAAUUUACCUUGGCGGUCAUUCGUUGGGUAGUUUAAUUUUAUUCGAUCUUCUGUGUCACCAGAAACCAUUACCGGAUGACAAUACGGAUGUCAAUAAUGCUGAAGCUAGCGAAGAACAAACGGAGGCAGAUACUGAUCCUUCUAAAACAUUACCUGGCCGAGUUUUAAAGAGACGUCUUAGUAAAAAAAUAAGUUAUGUGAUAGGUGCUGCCGGAACGGGUCAGCCUUUUAUACAUUAUCCGCAACUGAAUUUUUACCCACGUGCCUUUUUCGCUUUUGGUAGCCCAAUUGGUAUGUUUGUAACAGUUCGAGGCAUCGAUAUGCUUGGUGAAGAUUUUCUGUUACCAACAUGCCCAGCUUUCUUCAAUAUAUUUCACCCAUUCGAUCCUGUAGCCUAUAGAAUCGAGACUCUUAUUAAUCCGGAAGCUUGUAAAUAUCGACCAAUGUUAAUUCCUCACCACAAAGGACGGAAGAGAAUGCAUUUAGAAUUAAAAGAAACAAUGUCACGUGUCGGUGCGGAUCUGAAGCAAAAGCUCCUCGAUUCUGUUAGAAAUACAUGGAACUCUGUGUAUCAGUUGGCUCUGUUUCAUAAGCCAGAUAAUAGUGCACUCGAACGGGAAAUUGACAAGGUUGUCGAAGAGCAAAUGCAACAAACACCAACCGUGCCGGAUCAACAGAGUAACGACGAUGGUGGAGCUGACUUUAAAGUAGGAAAGUUAAAUGGUGGACGAAGAAUAGAUUAUGUACUCCAGGAAGCACCGUUUGAAUACAUUAACGAGUACAUUUUUGCCUUGACAAGUCACGUCUGUUACUGGGAGUCUGAGGAUACUAUGCUGAUGAUGUUAAAAGAGAUAUAUGGUUCAGCGGGUAUUCAAACGGACGCUCAACUCCCUCAGCAGACAUUGUCGAUAGAGCGAGCAACACCGUCUCCAUCUUUAAUGUCGUUCGCAUCGACAUCUACUAAAGGUGACGCAACGUCAUCUGUACCUGUUAUUGGAAUGGAUCCUACUGCAUCUAUUUCGGAGAAUGUUGUUGUCGGCCCUCCACCAAAGAGUGGAUUUGUUAAGAAGUCAUGAUUAAAGGAGAAUUAUUCGAAGUUCGAACAAAUUUAGCGAACUCAAAAUUCGAGGUGACGGUGAAUAACUAAUCAGAGCUAAUCAGGUUGAUGCUGGCAUUGUACCUGACAUUGAUACAAGUCACUAGCUAUACGAACAUUGAAAUUACAUUUUUUUCUUUGUUUGACAGUUUAGCACUGCUGAUUCUGUUAUAGCGUUCCAAAAUUAUCAAUCAGUGGAUUAUUCCCUGAUGUGAUUUGGACGAUGAGUGAUUAUCAUAGUUACCAAAAUUGGCCUACGUUACGUAUUUGAUGAUACACAUGAAUUAAAUCACAAAUUAAAAUCGUUUUCUGGAAUGAAAAAUUAAAGUCAGUUACAGAACUUCAAUUUAUAUACGCAACAUAAAUAUUUUAUAAUAUUUAAUUAAGGAUUUUAUUAACCGAAUUGGUAUUCAAAUUCAACAUAUUUGGUAGAUGGAAGAAAUGUAGCACUUGUCAUUUGGCAUGAAAUUUACGUAGAGAACAAGCGGUUAAGUGAGCAAGAAUGAAACUCCGUAAUAUGAAUGCAAGUUAUGCAAAUUCUUUAUGUGGUUUAUUGUAAAUAUAUGACUUAUGAAUGAAUAUCAAUUAAAUAAGAUAUACAAGUUUUUCGAAAAUAUGCUUGCAUUAUGAGACUUCACACGUACGUUCUCAGAUAUGCAAAAAAUUUAAUAAAAUACUGUAUUCUUUUA